UAGUCAUUUUACAAUAGCUUUUUACUUUUGCUGUCAGACUUUAGAAAAUUGAGCCUUCUCUUCUCCUGUUCUGUUGGUUUUGCUCGCUUUCCAGCUUAUUGUUCUUCUCAGCUUCUUCUCGCUCUCUCUGUCUCUGGUUCCUGCCGAGAAGAAAAAUGGCGUUUGGAGCCAGGAACGAGCAGGAAGUCAGAGAGAUCGUGAAGCCUCGCACCGACAAAAGAGACUACCGAAGAAUCGUUCUUCACAACGCUCUCGAGGUCCUCCUCAUCAGCUAUCCAGAAACUGAUAAGGUUCUUUUAGUGAUCCAGAAGGUCUUGAAGGCCUCGCGCAUUUUCUUGGUCUAUGCAGCUGCUACUGUCUUUCUUGUACCAUUUUUGGAGAGGAAAGGAAAUUUCCUGAGGUGAACUUCAAUUUCAUUAUUUUUGGGUUGUUUUCUUGCGUUGCUUAGGUAAUUUCUUUUAACCAUGUAAUGCAUCAAAAUUCAUAAAAACUCAAUAAUUUUACAGAAAUUUGAGGAAAGUUUCAUGGUUUUAAGUAUCUUUUACCUUGUUUCGCUUUCAAUCUAUAUGUAUGGUAAAUCACCCUUGCCGGAAGUCAUAAAAGAUUUCCUGUUUUGCUUUAAAAUAUUUGGCUAUGCGUUCAACAUCAAUUUUACACUACAAGCUUCUACUUUAUCCCGGUGGUUUCCUUAAUGCUUUAUACAACUCCACUUUUCUC